ACUGGCGAGCGUUUCGCGGGAAAACUAGAGCCUCGCUGGAUUUUCGCGCCAGUCGGUCAGCGGCCAUAACGUGAGACCCGGCGGACUCCUAACCUGCUUGUCUCUACUCACUGCACUAAAUAAAAAACCGAGAGGAAUGGCGGCUCCCGGGACUGUGGAGGUCGACGACCAGGAGUUGCGGGACGCUCAGCGCGAAUACCUCGACUUCCUGGACGAUGAGGAAGAUCAGGGCAUUUACCAGAGCAAAGUGCGGGACAUGAUCAGCGACAGCCAGUACCGGCUGAUCGUCAAUGUCAAUGAUCUCCGCAGGAAGAACGAGAAGAGGGCGCACCAGCUCAUGAACAACGCCUUCGAGGGACUCAUCGCCUUUAAACGAGCUCUGAAGGACUUUGUUGCCUCCAUUGACGCCACUUAUGCCAAACAGUACGAGGAGUUCCAUAUUGGCCUGGAAGGAAGCUUUGGCGCGAGACAUGUCACCCCCCGGACACUAACGUCACGGUUCCUGGGUGCUAUGGUGUGUGUGGAGGGGAUUGUGACCAAGUGUUCCCUGGUUCGCCCUAAGGUGGUGCGCAGUGUCCAUUACUGCCCAGCAACAAAGAAGACGAUAGAGCGGAAGUACACGGACAUGACCAGUCUGGAUGCGUUUCCGUCCAGCGCCAUUUAUCCCACCAAGGAUGAGGAGAACAACCCGCUAGAGACAGAGUACGGCCUCUCCCUGUACAAGGACCACCAGACCAUCAGCAUUCAGGAGAUGCCGGAGAAGGCUCCUGCCGGUCAGCUGCCACGCUCUGUGGACAUCAUCCUGGACGAUGACCUGGUGGACAAGGUGAAACCCGGGGACCGCGUGCAGAUUAUUGGGACCUACCGCUGCUUGCCGUCCAAGAAUAAUGGCUACACGUCGGGCUCCUUCAGGACUGUAAUGAUCGCCUGCAACGUGGUGCAAAUGAGCAAGGAGGUGGCCCCGGUCUUCUCCGCCGACGACCUGAACAAAAUUAAGAAGUUCAGCAAGACGCACUCCAAGGAUGUGUUUGAGCAGCUUGGCCGCUCGCUGGCCCCCAGUAUUCAUGGCCACCUGUACAUUAAGAAGGCCAUCCUGUGCAUGCUCCUGGGAGGGGUGGAGAAGGUUCUGGAGAACGGAACCAGGAUCCGAGGAGACAUAAACCUGCUGCUGAUAGGUGAUCCUUCUGUAGCAAAGUCCCAGCUCCUGCGGUACGUGCUGUGCACUGCCCCCCGCGCUAUCGCCACCACCGGCAGAGGGUCGUCAGGAGUGGGUUUAACCGCAGCAGUGACUACUGAUCAGGAGACGGGGGAGAGAAGAUUGGAGGCCGGUGCCAUGGUGCUGGCUGAUAGGGGCGUGGUCUGCAUCGACGAGUUCGACAAGAUGUCUGACUUGGAUCGUACGGCCAUCCAUGAGGUCAUGGAGCAGGGUCGGGUCACUAUUGCUAAAGCUGGCAUUCACGCCAGGUUGAAUGCACGCUGCAGUGUGCUGGCUGCAGCCAAUCCCGUCUAUGGAAGGUACGAUCAGUACAAAACCCCCAUGGACAACAUCGGCCUUCAGGACUCGCUGCUUUCCCGUUUUGAUCUCCUGUUUAUCAUGCUGGAUCUGAUGGAUCCAGAGCAGGACAGGGAGAUCUCUGACCACGUUCUGCGUAUGCACCGCUACAGGGCCACCGGGGAACAAGAUGGAGAUGCCAUGCCCCUGGGCAGUUCUGUGGACAUCCUCUCCACCAAUGACCCCAACGUCAGCCACGAGGAGCAGCAGGAAUUGCAGGUUUACGAGAAGCACGACAGCCUCCUGCAUGGCGUGAAGAAAAAGCGGGAGAAGAUUGUUAGCGUGGAGUUCAUGCGCAAGUACAUCCACGUGGCCAAGAUAUUCAAGCCAGUGCUCACCUCCGAAGCUGCAAAUUACAUUGCAGAGGAGUAUUCUCGUCUGAGGAGCCAGGACCAGAUGAGCAGCGACGUGGCCCGGACUUCUCCGGUGACUGCUCGUACCUUGGAGACCCUGAUCCGUCUGUCCACCGCUCACGCUAAAGUGCGAAUGAGCAAAACUGUGCAGCUGCAGGACGCGGAGGCGGCAGUGGAACUUGUCCAAUAUGCUUACUUCAAGAAGGUGCUGGAGAAAGAGAAGAAACGAAGGAAGAGGGACGAGGAUUCUGAUGCAGAGGAAGAGCAGCAGCAGCCAGCGUCCACGGACAGGAAAACCAGGAAGAAGCGGAAAACGGGGACGGAAGGAGAGUCACAUGACCCCUAUGAAUUCAGCGAUGCAGAAGAGACUCCUGAUGUUCAUUCCCCAAAGCCACAACCAAGCCAAAAAGCUGAAUCCUCUGAGGAGACUGGAUUGUCGGGGGAGAGACUGAAGGAUUUCAAGGCCGCCCUCCUCGACGCCUUCAAAACGGCCCACGCCCAGUCCAUCGCCAUGCCGGGUCUCAUGACCUCCAUUAACAAGAAUAACGAGAAUCCCUUCUCAGAUGGGGAGGUGAAGGCGGCGCUGGAGCUUAUGGAGGAAGCGAACCAUAUCAUGGUUUCUGAAAACAUUGUGUUCUUAAUCUAAUGGACUAAUGUUAAAAGCAGAAUGAGUGGCCGCAGGGUGUUGGAUGGUCGCCCGUGUUCUGCUUCCCUUGUGUGGGAAACGCUUUAAUGUAGAGCAGGUUCUACAUUGUUACAAGUGUCUAUACUGCAUUACACUUUACGUGUAGUUUAAGCAGGGAGUGCUCAACCUGCGGCCCUCCAGCUGUUUUAAAACUACAACUCCCAUCACUGCCUGCUGUAGGCUUUCCGGGCAUGCUGGAAGUUGUAGUUUUGCAACUGGAGCUGGAGGGCCGCAGUUUAAGGAACAGUCCAAAGAAAACGGUCAUUUACGAAGAGCGCUACGGCUGAGUUUUGGCGCAAAAAGUUGCAAGACCCUGUUGUGCGACUUGAUAAAUUCCCAUGUUUGUUGCAUGGUGUUUCAUGCCAUCGUUGGGAGUGACGGGGUGUGGUGGGGGCAGGGUCGUCGAGCCGUGCU